CCAGUCGGAACGUUUUCAGUGUAGCACACCGCUACUGUCAUGUCGGCGCUGAAGUCAGGACGCUCACUGUUUGAGUAGUCAAAAUUCUGUUUAAAAUAACUAAUUCAGUUAUUUUUAUAUUCAAGAAUACAUUGAUUUGAGAUUGUGUAUUAAGAGAAACGCGGUAACCAUCACAGUAUCGAUUUAUGAGGUAACGUUAAAUUUGAGCCAUGUCAUCACUAUCAGAGGAGGUGCUGCUGGUGGUGAAAAAGGUUCGCCAGAGGAAGCAGGAUGGCACACUUUAUCUGAUGGCUGAACGUAUAGCCUGGGGUCCAGAGGGCAAAGACCGCUUCACAGUCAGCCACUUAUAUGCAGAUAUUCGCUGUCAGAAGAUCAGCCCAGAUGGUAAAGCCAAAAUUCAGCUCCAGCUGGUGCUUCACACUGGCGAGAGUACCACAUUCCACUUUUCCAAUGAGAGCAGUGCACUCAAAGACAGAGAUGCUGCCAAGGAGCUGCUGCAGCAGCUGCUGCCCAAGUUCAAGAAGAAAGCCAACAAGGAACUGGAGGAGAAAAACAGGAUGCUUCAAGAAGAUCCAGUGCUUUUUCAGUUGUAUAAGGAUCUUGUGGUGAGCCAGGUGAUCAGUGCAGAUGAAUUCUGGGCCAACCGGUUAGGAGACAUAAACAACGCAGAUCCCACUUUAUCCAACAAUAAACAGGAAGUUGGUAUAUCUGGAGCCUUUCUGGCAGACAUUAGACCUCAGACAGAUGGCUGCAAUGGCUUGAGAUAUAAUCUGACAGCUGACAUUAUUGAAUCCAUCUUCAGAACAUACCCUGCAGUGAAGGAGAAGUAUAGUGAAAAUGUGCCUCAUAACCUGACGGAGAAGGACUUCUGGACCCGCUUUUUCCAGUCCCAUUAUUUUCACAGAGACCGCAUCAACACAGGAACACAGGAUAUCUUCUCAGAGUGUGCCAAGCAGGAUGAAAAGGGGUUAAAGUCUAUGGUGGUUCAAGGAGUGAAGAAUCCUUUAGUCGACCUCCUGUCGUUAGAGGAUAAAACAUUAGACGAGGGUUAUGGAUUUUGCAAAACAUUUCCAUCAACUUCCAAUUCGAACAGGACAGUAAAAGAGAGCAGCAACUCUGCCAUUAUAAAGCGGUUCAACCAUCACAGUGCCAUGGUGCUGGCAGCAGGCUCACGCAAGGGGGAAACACCAGCUGACCACGCUAGUGAGACGAGCAGUACAGAUGGAAACUCAAGGGAUUCUGACUUCUUCCAGCCUCCUGUAAAGAAGGUUAAAUUACAAGAAGUCAUAGAAUAUGAAGAUCUGCAAAGGGAAAACAGACCAAAAACAAUUGCAUUAAACCUCAAGAAGUCUGACAGGUAUGCUCAUGGUCCUGUGCCACUUCAGUCCCAACACUAUACGACAAGUCAGGAUAUCAUCAACUCUGUCAACUACAUCCGGCAUGAGAUGCUUAAUUACAAACCCAACCUCACUCAGGUGUUGUCCAGCACAACAGCCAGUUCUGCCAUUGCAGCACUUUCUCCAGGUGGCGUCCUCAUGCAGGCAGCAACACAGCAAGCCAUAAAUCAAAUGGUACCUACUGAGGUUCAAGGAGAGUUGAAGCAUCUUUAUGUAGCUGCUGGAGAGUUGUUGAGACACUUCUGGUCCUGUUUUCCUGUAAACACGCCAUUUUUAGAGGAGAAGGUGAUGAAAAUGAAGUCAAACCUCGAGAGAUUUCAGAUGACCAAGCUUUGUCCUUUUCAGGAGAAGAUUCAGCGUCAGUACUUAAGUACAAACCUCACAGGGCAUUUGGAGGAAAUGUUGCAGACAGCCUAUCGCAAGUUCCAUGUCUGGCAAACCCGCCGCAUGUUGAGGAAAACCUGAGGUCUGAUGCUUUGUCAAAGAGAGGACAAGGAAGACAUUACAGUAUAUGGACAAGUGACCUGAGAAGUUUUUCCAGACUGCUGUGUAGAGAACACAGAUCACAGCCUGAUGGGACAAGAUUCACAGAGGCUUAAUGAGGAUAUAGAUGGACGCUGCUACAUCCCCAACUGUUCAACCGAGACUAACUGAAUCUCAGUCAGAAAUAACUGUAAUUUGUUUCUUUAUCUUUUGUUUGUCUUUUCUCAAUGGUUGAGAGAUUGGUGCCGGUAAUGGUUAAAUGGGACUUUUUAAAAUGGUGUAAUAUGACCAAAUUUCAAAUGGAAAAUUAGAAAGGCACUCAGGAAAGGCUGAUGUGUGAAAUGCAAGCAGAGGACAGCCAACACGUGUUUCGUCAGUGCACAGAGCAGACAAAUAGAGCUACAAGGAGCCCCUCUGAGCAUUGUCAAUUUGGGGAACAAAGUUCCAAAAAAUCUGAAGCAAAAGGUGAAGUGAAUAUAGCAAUACUGAAAAGACUGUGUGUGUGUGUGUGUGUGUGUGUGUGUGUGUGUGUGUGUGUGUGUGUGUGUGUGUGUGUGUGUGUGUGUGUGUGUGUGUGUGUGUGUGUGUGUGUGUGUGUGUGUGUGUGUGUGUGUGUGUGUGUGUGUGUGUGUGUGUGUGUGUGUGUGUGUCACACAGUCACUGGUCUGUAAUGUCUGCACCUUCUGUCUGCACUGAAGACAUUAAUGUCACUGAAUUAAAGUGAGCUUUUGUUCAUACCUCUGUC